AUGGCGCAAAACGGAGCUGGAGCAGCUACAUCGCUGCCUCCAGCCGCAAUCGAAUUCGCAGGCCGAAUGUACGAUGCAGCCCGUGCAGGACAGAAAGAGGUCUUCGAGCAAGCUCUGCCCGCAGGAUUACCAGCUAAUCUGACGAACGAGAAGGGAGACAGCCUGCUCAUGCUUGCAGCUUAUCACGGGCAUGCCGACCUAGUUAAGUUGCUGAUUCAACAUGGCGCAGACCCUAACCGCGUCAACGAUCGAGGACAGAGCCCACUGGCUGGGGCUGUUUUCAAAAAGGAGCCUGCUGUGAUUGAGGUACUCUUGGAAGGCGGUGCAGACCCCGAAUGUGGAGCACCAACCGCGAUGGAAUGUGUUUCGAUGUUCAAACUGGAGGACGAGUGGAGAGAGAAGUUCGAGGCGGCUCCUGGUAGAGGCAAGGCCGUUCAGCCUUGA